AUGUCGGAAUGCGUUGCAAUCGUACAGGAGACUUCAGUCGAGUCAGCUGUACCGGACCCAACACGAUUUUCUGCUUGGCUUCGCUUGAAGCGGGCCGCGGCCGCGGUGCUGAAGUUUAUCGACAAGUGUAAGGGACUUACAGGACAAGUUGACCUCAGCACCAUGGAACGUGCGGAACGAUUGCUGCUGCAGCACGCGCAGCUGGAAUCCUUUAGUGAGGAACUCACCGCUAUUAAAAAUAACAAGCCAUUGCACCGCAACAGUCGACUACUGUCUUUGUCACCGUUCUUAGACGAACACGGCUUGCUGCGGGUAGGCGGCAGUAUCGACGCUGCGACAGAUGUAGACCUCGAAGUGAAGAGGCCGGUGAUAAUGGACGGUCGGCAUCCUGUGGCCAAGCUGAUCGUUCGUCACUAUCACGUGCAGGCAGCCCAUGGGAACCAAGAGACCGUGGUCAACGAGGUGAAGCAGCGGUAUUGGUUGUUGCGGCUAAGACCUACAGUUAAAUCCGUAGCGUCAGGGUGCAUGCUGUGUAGAAUUCGCAAAUGUAAGCCGCAAGUACCACGAAUGGGUGACUUACCUAAAGCGCGAGUAGCGCACCAUCAGCGUCCUUUUUCGUAUUGUGGCCUGGACUUGUUUGGUCCGAUGGAGGUCACUGUGGGCCGACGCCGGGAGAAAAGGUAUGGAGUUUUAUUUACUUGCCUUACAGUACGCGCUGUCCACAUCGAGCUGGUCUCCUCCCUGACGUCGGACACGCUCAUCAUGGCGCUGAGGCGAAUGGCAGCGAGGCGCGGCUGGCCGCGCCACCUAUAUUCGGACAACGGCACAAAUCUGAGGGGCGCCGAUACGGAGCUACGACGAUCGGUUCAAGAACUGGACACUGAAAAACUAAAAUGUCACGGUGUCAACAAAGGCAUGGAAUGGACUUUCAUACCUCCUGCUAGCCCACAUUGGGGUGGGGCGUGGGAAAGGCUCAUACGUAAAGUUAAGACGUCACUUAAAGUCAUCCUGAAUGAACGAGCACCACGGGACGAGGUUUUAAACACACUCAUGGCUGAGGUAGAAAACAUAGUAAACAGCCGUCCCCUGAUGCAUGUCUCCGUCGAGUGUGGCGACGUCCAGUCUCUCACCCCAAAUCACUUCCUUCUUGGCACGUCGUCGAACUUACCUGCUAUCGGAACUUUCGACAACUCGGAUCUGUACCUGCGCAAACAUUGGCGUACGGCCCAAAAGUUGACCGAUAUGUACUGGCGGAGGUGGGUAAAAGAAAUCUUACCUGAUCUCAUACCGAGAAGGAAAUGGCAAGUGGAACAGAAGUCGCUGCAAGUAGGCGAUCUCGUCCUCGUGGUUGACCCGAGUUCUCCUCGCAACAUGUGGCCUAAGGGUCGGAUCACACAGGUGUUCCCCGGCAAGGACGGCCGCACACGGCUUGUUGAGGUAAGUACCGGGACCGGGACAUGGCGACGGUCUGCGGCCCGCGUCGCACCUAUAUCUGUAGUUAAUGAGUGCUGA